GUGAUUAAGUAACAUCGAUUGAUUUUCACCGCUAUCAGUGAGAGACCUGGUGGUCGAGUGAUCACCUGGUGCCACGAGCUCGAGGGUUGAUUGAAGAGCUCGAGUGAAAUGCUGCGGGGUCUCUCUCCAUGGUCCGCGCUCUGCGAUCGUAUCGAGCCGUUGCUGUCCGCUGCGCCAUUUAUACAACACGUGCUGUACAGUGUGCUUUGCAUCGUUCAUUGUAGAAUUUUGGAUCGCGGACCGAGAAUACUGAAUCAAGGAAACCCUAGUAAUUUCUAAUUAUCAAACAUAUUGCCACAAUCAGCCAUGGCAGAUAAAGUAGCUUCGCCAGCAGCACCCGCAAGCUCUGGAGGAAAUAAUUCCGAGGCUCAGGCUGCGCCGGCCAAAAAAGCUGCCGCAGCAUCGAAGGCGAAGCCUCGUGCUAAGCCGGCACAUCCACGCACUUCAGAUAUGGUGAACGCAGCGAUUACGAAUCUGAAGGAACGAGGCGGCUCCUCGCUCCAAGCGAUAAAGAAAUAUAUUGUCGCAACGUAUAUGGUAGAUGCCGAGAAGCAGGCACCUUUUAUAAAGAGGUAUUUGAAAUCUGCUGUGACUACGGGAAUUCUGACCCAGACUAAAGGGAAGGGUGCCUCGGGUUCGUUUAAAAUGGCCGCAGCGAAAUCCGAAGCCCCGAAGGUGAAAGCGAAGGCGAAACCGAAAACUGCAGCUCCAAAAUCUGCUGCACCGAAAAAGAAGCCGGCGGUAGGCGCCUCGGCUGUUGCCCCAGCUACAAAACCACGAGCACCAAAGAAGGUUCCAACUGCAAAGAAAACUGGUGGAGCUGCAACGGAAAAACCCGCAAAGACACCAAAGAGUCCGGCUAUCAAGGCAGCCAAACCGAAGAGCCCAUCCAAGGCGAAAAAGGCUGCUAAAGCGCCGACGAGCAAGCCAAAGGCACCAAAACCAAAGAAAGCCGCUACUGCAGCAGCUGCACCAAAAACCGUUAAACCUGCUGCCAAAAAACCAGCUGCUUCGAAAAAAAAGUGAGCGCGCACAACAAUAUCACCUGCAUUGGCAGCUGAAACAGAAAAACGCAAACGGCCCUUGUAAGGGCCACAAAUUAUUCUUUUGCAAAUGAACUGGUUCCGAACUGCAGCUGAAUAAAAUUUUAUACUGACUUUGGGCUUAGUCAUUUUAAGGGAGUAAUAAAUUGUUCCCAAUGACAAUGUAUUUACUCACUCUUGUUUGUAUAAUUUUUUUAAUCUAGUACUUGCAUGCCGAGAAUUGUUUUAAUUUUUUGGUUGUAUUUUAAAUGAAGAUUCAAGUUUGACAUAUUGACUGGUUUUUAUAGAUUGACGAAAUGAUCAACAGAAUUUGUGAUCCCACAUUUCUUACAAAAGCGAAGUACAAUGUUACCAAAAUUUGAAUUUUAAUCAGGAUAUUAAUUGCAUAAACGGUUCAUACUUAAUAUUCGGUAUUAUAACAAAUUUUGUUACCGAGUACAGACCCAAUCUGAUUUAAUGCGUUUUACUAGAAAA